UUCUCUCUUAUCCUUAGUUUUGUGUUCCCCCCUUCAGUUACCCGCUAUCCAUAUCAAAUGUAAAUUCUAGAAAUAACUCAUGAGUUUUAGGUUGUGUGUCGUUAUGUAACAUAAUGUCUUGUCUGGGAUAGCAUGUCCAGGGAGAGUAUUCACUCUAUUGCCCAUCCAUUGGUAAUAGUAAUCUCUGUGGUUAAGUCAGUAUCAGCCUUUGUGUUACAGUAAGUGCAGAGGUGGUAACAGUAGCAACCCACCUGUGCCAGAGAGACGUUUUCAAGUGCUCUAAGCAAAGUGGAAUUUUUAGUUUGGGAAGAAAAGCUGUAGGCUAGUUUAGUAACACGGACAGUCAACACAGACCACAUCGCGGAAGUUUUACCACAAUAUGUUGUUACAACUUGUUUUUAAUCUCCCUGCUUAAUUAUAAGUUAACCAUCAUUGGUUCGUACUCACUUUAGGAAUCCUUGAUUUCAGGUAUUCAUCUGGGCUCAGAUUGUGUCCACCAAGGAUAAGAGGGCAGGGCACCACUGUGCUCGGCUUACCUUUAAACAGAUAAUAAAAUCACUUUGGGAUCAGUGUAAAAUUAAGUAUUUUUUAAGCUCUCACAAAGAGCAAAGAAAUAAAAGGGUAUGUGUGUGCAGGGUAAGAACUGUAGAAAUCAAGAUUAUAGACGUUUUUUAGGGAAGACAAACCUUUAAGUAAGAGUUGUUAUAAACACAGUCCUUCACUUUUCUACUAAAAAGUAAAAAGUUUAAGUUGGAUCUGCCUGCCUCUGCCUCUUUAAUGCUGAGAUUAAAGACAGGCACCACCACCACACCUGGCUUAAGAUUAUUAGUUUUGAAGGAUAUAUUUUAAUCCAUAAAGGUUAUGGGGGAAAUACAAGAUUGAUGGUGACAGUUUCCCAGGAAGUACACCUGAGAAAUUACACUUAAAUCUUUGAGCACAUAAAUUUGCUGUUGAACAAAAAUCAAACAUCCAUAUCCCAAGUAAUGCCAUUUAUAGAGAAGAAUCUGUGUCUUGAUUAAUCUCUAGUCCUCCACCAUGCAUCCCCCAUGUGUAAACAGACAGCCUUUCUAGAGUAAAAACACAGAAAUAAUAACUCUACAGUUUCUUCCAAACCUUUAUUUUUUAAAAAGAUUUUGAUUCUGAGUGAUUUGUAUAUGUGGUGUGUGGGUCUUGUUUGUGGUUUAUGUACAUGAGUGCAGUCCCCACAGCGGCCAGAAGAGGGUGCCACACACCCCGGGGUAGAGUUGCAGGUCCUGGGAGCCACUUCCCAUGGGCAUUAGGAGCUGAACUCUGGUCCUCCACUUAUUUCUUUCUGUUCCCCAGUCCUGGUACUUCUGCUUACGAGGCACAUCUGUCAGCUGUAGGGUUGGAGGAUGUAGCUAUGGAAACUUUAUUUUAAAGCUUCUUGCGGCUCCCAAAGAUGCCCUACUGGUAAAUUAUUUUCACUGAGGGAAAAGAGUGUGUGGCUACAGAACUCUUUCUUCCUUUAUGGACCCUUGGGCUUGAAAUAAACAUCGAAUGGUUAGAUAAAGAAGCAGGACAAGGGUUAAGUCACCUGUUCUGGGACACAAGUGGCAGUCAGACUUCAGCUCUUUUCAACUGAGUAGACUAAGGUCCUACCACAUGAGCCUGGUAAUAAAUGAAAUGUGUACAGUGGAAUUCAGCAGUUUAUUUGUGUGUGGAAGAGUAAAAUACACACCGACUGCUGUUUCCUUACAGAAGCCAUGCUGCCGUGAAGACGCAGGUCCAGCUUUCACGUGAACACAGCGGGCGCUGUUAUAAUUUAGUGCUCCAAGGGAAGGCCGUCAGAGAACACAACAGGGCGUUUCUGAGGCCGGCAGAAUGUGGGAACCUGAACUUGAAACCUGAGCCACUGCCUGAAGGGAUGGUGAGGCCAACAGAUGAAGAAAAGAUAGCCUGUUAUUCCCAGGUCUCAGAAGGAGCGAGGCAUGGUGCGCUAUGAAGAGCCACACAAGGAACGCACCGCCAAGCUGUUAACUAACAGGAAACAAUGAAACCGAAGAUGGAGGCAGCAUGGACCAGUGUCCUUCACUAGGAGUCAGCCGCAGUGAUGGCGGAGAGUCCCCAGGAGAAACUCGGGCACCUGAGCAUCUGACCUGUAUGGACUCUGGGGAUUCUUCCUUUGGACAGAAUGAUUCCCCUACUGUUUUGCCCAUUCCUGCUGCUGAAACAGAUGAGUCACUCACAUCCCAGGACAUGCCAGAGACACUGCCCGAGGCACAGACCCUUCAUGCGGAGCAGUUUCGUCUUUUGGACCCAAAUGGGCAGCCUGUUCAAUAUGACCUUCAGCCACUGGGAGAUUCUAACGCACAAAUGAUGAUCGCUACGAGCCCAUCAGAAAAUGGACAGGUGCUUCAUGUAAUUCCAUCUACCCAGACAGGAAUGGCUCAAGUGAUUAUACCUCAGGAGCCGCUUGUGGAUGUGACUAGUCCUCAAGAUGCCUCUGAAGAGAAAUCCACUGACAGAAGCUUACCAACUGUAAGAGCAGACACUCUAGAAGCCAGUACCAAUGACUACAUGCUUCGUUCUCAAGCAUCCCUUGAGUUUCCCAAAAAGUCAGGGACCAGAAUGCUCGAAGAACCUUCGCCGGCUCCUCUUCAGCCCCUGUCUUGUAACACACCGAUCUGGGCCUGCCGCCUGAGGAGUUGUGAGAAAAUUGGAGAUUCCUACCGUGGCUACUGUGUCAGUGAGACUGAACUAGAAAGCAUCCUCACUUUUCACAAGCAGCAAACCCGGAGUGUCUGGGGCACCCGCCAGUCUCCAAGCCCAGCCAAACCUGCCACGCGCUUGAUGUGGAAGUCCCAGUAUGUGCCCUAUGAUGGCAUCCCAUUUGUCAAUGCAGGUAGUCGAGCUGUAGUAAUGGAGUGUCAGUAUGGACCAAGAAGGAAAGGUUUCCAGUUAAAAAGAAUCAGUGAGCAAGAAAGUAGGUCUUGUCAUCUUUACAAAGCUACUUGUCCAGCCAGGAUUUACAUUAAAAAGGUACAGAAGUUCCCUGAAUAUAGAGUGCCUACAGACCCCCAGAUAGACAGGAAGAUCAUCAGAAUGGAGCAGGAGAAAGCCUUCACCAUGCUGAAGAAGAACUUGGUAGAUGCUGGUGGUGUUCUUCGAUGGUAUGUGCAGUUACCUACACAGCAAGCUCAUCAGUAUCAUGAGCUGGAGACGCGGGGCCUCCCUCUCUCACCGGCUCCCUUUCCUGUGUCCGCUCCUGAGGAAGAGGAGACUGUAGUCAGAGAUGAGAACUGUGCGUUGCCCUCGCGCCUCCACCCGCAAGUAGCGCAUAAGAUUCAGGAGCUAGUGUCACAGGGCGUGGGACACGUGUACGCAGUGAGGAAGCAGCUCAGGAAAUUUGUGGAAAGAGAACUGUUCAAACCUGAUGAGGUACCUGAAAGACAUAAUUUAUCAUUUUUUCCAACUGUAAAUGAUAUAAAAAAUCAUAUCCAUGAGGUACAGAAAUCAUUGAGGACUGGAGAUGUGGUAUAUAACUCAGAGGUGAUUCCAGCAACGCUUCAGUGGACCACAGAUAGUGGGAAUAUUCUCAGAGAGACUGUAACAGUUACAUUUGCAGAAGGACAUUCAGUAGGAGAACCCGUUGCCAGCAGCGUUGGGGCGCGUCGGACACAGACUUCUCUGUCUCCAGAGCCAUGUCGCCUGCUCUCCCCACUUUCCUCAUUUCAGCCCAAAAUCUUCUCACACUUACAGGGUUUGAAGUUACAGCCAAGACUUUCCUCUCCUGAUGGAUCACAAGCUCUGGUGUCAGGAACUAGCGGUCCCUCCUCCAGUCCUUCAGUACUUCUGGAUACAGUAGGAAAUGCUGUAGUGAAUAAUCAUUCUCUGCUGCUCGGUCAAAGCCAGAGCCUUCGAACAGAUACAUGCCUAACACAAAACAAUAGCGCUGCCUCUACCAUGGGGAAUCUCUCGGAAUCAGUUCAGAAUCUCGGAAUGGAUCAGCUGGUGGAAGUUGAAGAUGUUGAGGAUACGGGGAAUCUGGAAGGAAGUGUAAAUAACAUUCUCUUGGAAGAUGUACAAACUGUUCCAAUACGAAUCAUAGACAGCCAUCCAGCUCUUACAUGUAUGACUGCAGGCCAGAAGAGGGCACCAGAUCUGAUUACGGAUGGUUGUGAGCCACCAUGUGGUUCCUGGGAAUCGAACUCAGGACCUCUGGAAGAGCAGUCAGUGCUCUUAACCUCUGAGCCAUCUCUCCAGCCCAGCAUCAGUUUUUAAAACUAUGUUUACAUAUUGAAAUGUUUAAUUCUUUCUAAAUGUACUAGAGCUUAAAAACAAGUGUAUAAAAAUUCAGGAUCUGUGUUUGGCUUUCUCUUAACAACUCCACAGCAAAAUUUGACAAACAUCCUUUAGUUCAUGUAUUACAGGAUGUAUUAUCUGCAGUAGUAGGCUGGACAUUUAAAAUAAGUGGUUAGAAAUUCAUAAUCAUAGGCUGGCUCAUUUCUUUGUAGUUUCCGUGUUCCGACCCUGCAAGUAAACGUUGUAUAUACAGCAGUAAAUUAUAGAUAAACAACCACGACAGACUUCCCUCAGUAGUCAUUUUCUACCUAGGCAGCUCGUGUGCUUAAAAAGCUCUAACAUCUUAUGCAAAGUGAGUGUUUCCUAACCACACAGAAGUAAGAGGAAACACAAGCUUUGGGGUCUGCUCCUGCACUGGAGGUUUGAAUGCUGAGGCCCCCCAGCACGUGCCUCAGCUUCUUCAGGUCCUGUCAGACUGUACUUAAUCAUGUGGGUGUGAGACCAUGCUUACUUUAUACCAGGUUUGUAAAGGGAUUUUAAAACGUAUGUAGAUACUAGAACUUAAUGUACAGUGUUCUUGCUAUAAUGUAAUUUUUUCAUUAAAGAAUUCUGGUUUUCUUCUUA